AUGGUGAGCAACCGCCUGGGCAAAGUGCAGAAGCAAAUCUCGAAGAAAAAGGGCCCGAAUGCAGCCUUGCACGAGGGAAGUCGAAACACGCAACGUCUGCAGGCGGCGAGUGCCAGGGAUGACAAGCUCAACCGGCUCUCAACCUUGCGAACGAAGCAGAAUCGUCAUUACUUACUAAGGAUCAAGUCCUUUCAGUCCUACACAACAGAGCAUGAUUCACCACUCAGUAUCUCAGACAUCCAGGCUAUGAUCGAAGACUACCUAGGUCGCGAUGACGAGGAAGUAGCCAAACUCAAGGAAGAGCGCCGCGCAGGACGACCACCAAGCACACGCCAAACGCUUCUGGAGCAGAACCAGGCCACAGAACAGAACGAAUACGCCUCCGGCUUCUGGGUGCCCGACCUCGAGGAUGCCGACAACCUGAAGAAGCUCAAAGAGUGGAACGGUCAAUGGUCUAGCUUGGCUACGCUCAAAUUCGCUAGGAUCUCAAAGGAAAGCUUCAAGAAGGACUCUACCUUCCCUCCAAAAGGCAUGUCUUGA